AUGAGUUUGCAAGAUUUUGAAAUAAUUCUUGAAAAGGUUGAACCUCAAAUAAAAAAGAUGAAUACUAAUUUUCGAGAAGCUAUCACAGCCAGAGAAAGGCUAUCCGUGACGUUAAGGUUUUUGGCCACCUGGGACUCAUAUACAAGUUUACAAUAUCUGUUUCGCAUAUCUAAACAGUCCAUAUCUACUAUUAUUAUUGAAGUAUGUGAUGCAAUUAUCAAGGCUCUCAAGGAUCAUGUGAAGCUACCCGAGACUGAAAAUCAAUGGAUGGCCGUUGCAAAAGAAUUUGAAGAAAAGUGGAACUUCCCUCAUGCAAUAGGCGCAAUGGACGGCAAACAUGUUUGCCUUCAAACACCAUUAAAUAGUGGAACGGAAUUUUACAAUUAUAAACAAUAUUCUAGCAUUGUAUUGUUAGCAUUAGUUGACGCUGACUACAAUUUUAUGUACGUAAAUGUUGGAUGUCAAGAACGCAUAUCAGAUGGAGGUGUUUUUAAAAACACUUCCUUGUACAGGAACCUUGAAAACAAAAGCCUAAAUUUACCGAAUCCUGAAAUAUUACAAACUCCUUACAAUGUGAAGGUACCGUAUAUAAUUCUGUGUGAUAAAGCAUUUGCCCUCAGUGAAUAUACCAUGAAACCCUUUUCGGGUAAUCCAGAAAGAGGAUCUAUUGCAAGAAUAUUCAAUUAUCGUCUAUCAAGAGCAAGGAGGGUAGUUGAGAAUGCAUUUGGAAUACUGAGUUCGGUGUUUCGAGUACUACGAAAACCAAUGCUUUUGGAACCGGAAAAAGCUACAAAAAUUGUAUUGGCAACUGUUUAUUUACACAAUUUUUUACGAAAAAGCAGACUAUCAAAUAUUUACGCACAGGCCAAUGCAUUUGAUUCUGAACAGCGAGGAGAGCUUGUUCCAGGUGCAUGGCGACAAGACCAACAGCAAUUAACUUCUUUUUUUCCUUUAGACAGUGUACCUAGGAGAUCGCCCAAUACUGCUACUCAUAUACGUUUACAUCUGGCGGAACACUUUGUUAAUAAUGUCCCCCUUGAGUGGCUAAAUAAUCACUAA